CCGGGGCGGGGCCGGGGCGCCCGAUUCCACCGGCUCUGGGGCCCGACCUCAGCCUCUCCCGGCCCCGGGCCGCCGCCGGCGCAUCUCCAACAGGGGCCCCCCGACUCGCCGCUGGGUCAUUCCGGCGCUGAGUCGCGGAGCCCCGCAGGACAUCCCGGUGGGGUCUCCGAGCGGCCUCCCUCGUCCCCAAACUAGCACGCAACUUUCCCUUCUUCCCGGGGCUGCGGCGGCGGCCGCUCGCGGAUCCCCAGGGUCACGCUCCCUGCGCCGGUGCGCGCUGCGGUGCCCGCCGGGUUCCCCCGAGCGCGGCGCGGCGCGGCGCACGAGAUGCCCCUGGGACACAGCAUGAGGCUGGAUCUGGAGAAAAUCGCCCUGGAGUAUAUCGUGCCGUGUCUGCACGCGGUCGGCUUCUGCUACCUGGAUAACUUCCUGGGCGAGGUAGUGGGCGACUGCGUCCUGGAGCGCGUCAAGCAGCUGCACGGCGACGGGGUCCUGCGCGACGGGCAGCUGGCCGGGCCUCGCGCCGGCGUCUCCAAGCGGCACCUGCGGGGCGACCAGAUCGCGUGGAUCGGGGGCAACGAGGAAGGCUGCGAGGCCAUCAGCUUCCUGCUGUCCCUUCUCGACAGGCUGGUCCUGUGCUGUGGGAGCCGGCUGGGCAAGUACUACGUCAAGGAGAGGUCCAAGGCAAUGGUGGCUUGCUAUCCAGGAAAUGGAACCGGUUAUGUCCGACAUGUUGACAACCCCAACGGUGAUGGCCGCUGUAUCACCUGCAUCUACUAUUUGAACAAGAAUUGGGAUGCCAAGCUACAUGGUGGGGUCCUACGGAUAUUUCCAGAAGGGAAAUCAUUUAUAGCAGAUGUGGAACCCAUUUUUGACAGACUCCUGUUCUUCUGGUCAGACCGCAGGAACCCGCAUGAAGUCCAGCCUUCCUAUGCCACCAGAUACGCUAUGACUGUUUGGUACUUUGAUGCUGAAGAAAGAGCAGAAGCCAAGAAGAAAUUCAGGAAUUUAACUAGGAAAUCUGAAUCUGCCCUCACUGAAGAUUGACUGUGCUGGAAAAAUGCAGGCCUUACUCAUUUUAGCAAUGGUUUCUGAAUUUUUUAAGCUUUGAGUUCCAAAGAUGGCCUAUUCUAUGACUCGAACUACCCCUCACUGCUUACGUUGAUCAAAUCCCUGUCUUGCCUAUGGUACUUUGUGUUUUUUUUUUUUUUUUUUUUUUUGCCAAGACUACAUCAGUCUUCAGAUACUGUCUUGGCCAGAUGGACUCAUUUGCCAACUCCAGAAAUACCUGCAGAUGAUCUACCUGGCUGGUGGUUUAACUGAUAGAUUGGGUAAUGCUGGCUCUCCAAAACAAGAGCCCAGAAGCAUGGACGAGGGAAUGACUCUAACUUGCACUUUAUCUACGAUUCCUGAUUUGAAACAAGAAGGUUGCAGAAGAAGGAGAAGGAAAAAAAAAAACAAAACAACAACUGGUGAUACAUGUUACAGAGAGAUUGCAUUGAAACUUUCACAGUGGGAAAGCAAUUUGUGUCAUCGGAACAAUUUCCAGAUGUUCUUUCUCCAGGGUUUGUGGGGGGUUCUGGAGAAUUAUCACAACUUAAUGACAUUAUUACCUCUAGAAAGGGCUGCUGUCAUAGUCAUCAAUUAUAAGUGUCCAGUGGGGUGGACACUCCUUAUUCCUGGUAUGCUACCUGGACUUUCUGCCUCUGCCCCGUGUUGCUGAAAAUAGGACUUUUGAUGAAAGAUGACAACACCAUUUAUUCUCUAUUUUCACUUCAUGUUGGAAGAACCUAAUUCCCCAGAGAUUAAACUAGACAUUAAUUAUUUUGGUUGUCUUGUUGAAAUGGAGUUUGAAUUGAAAUCCAAGGGGGUUGGGUUUGGGGGAAGGAAUCUACCCAGUAGAUUAGUGCCCACAACCUGUGAUGAUGGUUUUGAAAGAUAGGGAUCCGAGGAUACACAGCAAAGGCAGUGGAUGGUGAACAGCAGAGGGGAGGGAGAUGUAAAUGUGGGCAUUCCCAUUUUUUUCAGUUUUCCUUUUUAAUUAACUCACUCUUCUUUAGGAAAAUACAACAACAAAAAAUGCAGGAUGUAUUCUUGAAAGGAAAUGGAAAUAAAAUGAAACCAAAUUCUGAA